AUGGGUUCCAUCUCAGUCGACCAGUACACCGACUUCAGGAGCAUCGCUGUCGAUGGACUUCCCUUCUUCACUCCCAAACAGCGUGUGCCCGUGGGCACGGCACUUUUGGCGCUUGAUGAGGGUGUGACGGAGGAUACCAUCACUCCGGCUUUCCGUCCCAUUACAAUCCGCAGCAAGACUUUCCAGAAUCGCAUUUGGGUUGCCCCUAUGUGCAUGUAUAGUUGCCAGGACGGCAUGUUCAGCGACUUUCAUGUUAUGCAUUAUGGUCAAUGGGCCAUGAGAGGCAGUGCCCUGAUCACAUUGGAGGCAACUGCUGUCACACAGAGGGGGCGGAACACUCCACAAGACGCAGGCCUCUGGUCUGAUGACCAUAUCCCACCUCUUAAGCGGGUUAUCGAUGUGAUCCACUCUCAGUCACAAAAGGUUGCUAUCCAGCUACAACACGCGGGGCGGAAGUGUAGCAUAUGCCCCCCAUGGCUUGGACUUCGUCUUGUCCCCGACGCCUAUGGCGGAUUUGCCAAAGACGUGCAAGGCCCAACUGCCGAGCCUUGGAACGAAAACUAUGCCACACCAAGCGAGAUGACGGAGGCAGAGAUUCUUGAGACUAUUGAGGCUUAUGGUAAAGCUGCUGCCCGUGCCGUCAGGGCAGGCAUUGAUGUCAUCGCAAUCCACGGGGCCCACGGAUAUCUCAUCCAUUCCUUUGCCUCUCCUGCUACCAACAAGAGGACCGAUAGAUGGGGUGGAAGCUUCGAGGGCCGCACUCGAUUUGGUAUCGAGGUCGUUAGAGCUGUUCGACGCAAUAUCCCAGAAGAUAUGCCACUCUUUUGGAAGAUCUCGGCUGUAGACUGGCUUCCUACUGGGAAGGGCUGGGGGCUGGAAGACACUCUCCGAUAUGUGCCAAUCCUGGCCAGCGAGGGCGUCGACCUGUUUGACGUUUCCAGCGGAGGAACCGAUAGACACCAGAAAGUGCAGCUGGGACAGCAGUACCAAGUUCCCUUUGCGAAAGCCGUGAAGGACCUGAAGCUGCCCAACGUAUUUGUCGGCGCCGUGGGUUGGAUCCGAGACGGAGAAACAGUUCAUGAUAUUCUGAGCAAUGAAAAAGCAGACGUUGUCCAUGUCGCCCGCGAGUUCUUGCGAGAUCCCAACUUUGUUCAGAAGGUUGCGCUCUCCACCAAGACAGAAGUCACUUGGGUUGACCAAUAUCACCGCGCGCCAAUGAACAAAAAGUAUGUCGAGUCAACCACCACGAUAACUACGGAUCGAAAGGCCAUGGAUAAUGUCACACAGACACAUGAAAACCAGUCUUCAAACAAGAUGAGCUCUUAG